AUGGAACUUUUAUUGGCAAGACAGAAACUCGAGGUGGAGUUAAAACAAACGAAAGAAGACUUGAAUCGAACUAAAAGGGCACGACUGAAUGUCGAGGUUGAGUUCGAACGAACGACACAAGACUUGUAUCGAAUGGAAAGGGCACGACAGAAACUCGAGCUGGAGUUAAAACAAACGAAAGAAGACUUGGAUCGAACUGAAAAGGCACGACUUAAUGUCGAGUACGAGUUAAAACAAACGAAAGAAGACUUGGAUCGAACUGAAAGGGCACGACUGAAUGUCGAGGACGAGUUAGAACAAACGAAAGAAGAUUUGGACCGAACUGAAAGGGCACGACAGAAACUCGAAGUGGAGGUAAAACAAACGAAAGAAGACUUGGAUCAAACUGAAAGGGCACGAGUGAAUGUUGAGGUUGAGUUAGAACGAACCAAACAAGACUUCGAUCGAACGGAAAGGGCACGACUGAAUGUCGAGGACGAGUUAAAACAAACGAAAGAAGACUUGAAUCGAACUGAAAGGACACGGCAGACACUCGAGGUGGAGGUAAAUCAAACGAAAGAAGACUUGAAUCGAACUGAAAAGGCACGCCAGAAACUUGAGGUGGAGGUAAAACAAACGAAAAAGAACUUGGAUCGAAUUGAAAAGGCACGCCAGAAACUUGAGGUGGCGGUAAAACAAACGAAACAGUACUUGGAUCAAACUGAAAGGUCACGAGUGAAUGUCCUGUCUGAGUUACAACGAACGAAAGAAGACUUGGAUCGAACUGAAAGGGCAGGACAGAAACUCGAGGUGGAGUUAAAACUAUCGACAAAAGACUUGGAUCGUAUUAAAUGGGAAAGAGCAAUAUUCCAGGCACAGCUGUCACAUAUAAAAGACUGCUUCACAUGGACUCAGCCAGCCGGUACAGUUAAUGUCUCAGAGUGCUUGUAUGAAGUCAUCGAGCUCGUUUUUACAAUCCCGGAUGGCAUUCAGACGAGACUCCAUCCGUCCCCGGGAAAACCGUAUAACGGUGGCACGUUCACAGGGCGUUUGAGAGUAAACGAUGAGGAAAACAAGGUGGUAUGUAGGAUGUUGAAGGCGGCUUUCAGGAGGGGACGGAUGUUCACCUUUGGGAAUAACGGGGAAAUUGUCCUAGAUGGCGUCUCAUUGUAUGAUCAUCAACUGAUUGGAUGGAGGUCGUAUUUGUGGGGGAACUACGCUAAAUACAUACAGACGGUAAAAGAAGAGCUCAUAGUCAAAGGCAUCACAGAGGAGGACAUUGAUCAAACGGGGAAGUUGGGAGAAACAUUCACUGUUGAUGGUUUAUCUUUGAUCGAAGCUUUUCCGAGUUCUUAAAUGCGCUGAUAGUGGAGUGGGCAGACACAGCAUUACAGAGACGAAUGAAGAGCUACUAAAGACGAAUCUUAAAAAACGGACUUUCUGUCGAUUGUCUGUGAAUUGCUCUUGUGUCUCUCUCAAUGACCUUAUGUUGGAGCGGUUAAAAUGGUUAAGGUUCAAAGUUCAAUGGUAAAGUUUACAAACCUUAGGGUCUUUGGUCAAAUAAGAGACAAGCACUUCUGUCCUCAUGUUCUUACAUGGAGAAGCAUUUACAACUUUUAAAGUUUCUAUUUUCCAUAUGUAUUUUUAUCUAUCACUUUUUUAACUUGCUUUUAAUCAAGCGUUAUUGAUGCGCGUGUGGCCUGUCUAAGUUGUUUAUACGUUCUGUUUUUAUUGUGUAGUGUCUUUUGGCAGUUGUUGUAGACGUGUUACGUUAGA